CUUCUUUUGUUAACUAAAGGCCACUUCAUUUUCCCAAUUAUUCUUUGUUCUCUCGGGAUCUAAUCUUCCAAAGAAAAACCCUAGAAAUACGAAAUCGAGGUUUCCUGUUCGGAAGUUAAAUGAAUGGAUGAUAGAGAGUGUAUUGCUAGUGAAGAUCUUAGGUGCCGUAGUGCUGCAGCAGCACCAGACGAAGAAGAAAUUCCAUUAGAUCGAGAGGAGAAGAAGAAGUUAAGACGAGUAAGCUUCGCUGAUGAACUCACUUCAGUUCAUAUAUUUCAGAGAGAUGAUGAUGGAUCUGAUCAGACUCCUGUAGACGAUAAUCCUAAACCUAAUUGUAGCCCUCCACCGAAAACCGAAGAUGAAAAUGAUGACGAACAAAAAAAAUUUGUGUUGGAUUUCCCUUCUACUUCGCCUGGAAGUGAUUUUGGUUCGGCUUCUACGUCUCACAACGAUGACGGGGAUGGUUGGUUUGGGAAGGUUUCAGCAAGUUUUAUUAGGGGACAUCUAUCAGCUUCUGCAGUAUCGGAUGACAGUAAUUAUGAAACUACUUUAGACUCUACAGACUUUAAGUUACAUUUUCAGAAUCUUAAUCAGUCAGAUAUGGAAUCAGAUUUCAAAACACCAACAAGAAGUCACCUCUCACUUGAAUGUAGGAUGCCGUCAACUGGAGAUUUUACUGGCACUAAUUCUACUGGGAAUUUAAUGUUUGGAGUUCAUAAACCAACUCCUGCGGUUUCCAUUUCUGGCGGCACAUCUAGUGGUGCUGGUGAUGAUAUGAGUUUGAUAGAUGAAAAUAGACGUAUAUAUGACUAUGGGAUAUUGUCUCACACCUUAGAAGCCAUGAUGUCCGAAAGCAGAAAUAUUUUGUAUGGUAUUUCCGCUCCAGGUUGUGUCAAAAUUCCUAAGUCAUCCAAUUUGGAGGACGUAAAUAAUGGAUUGAAAACAUGUGAUGAACUUAAAAGCCACGUAAUAGGACUAGAGGAAAUGGGAGGCAAUGAGCUGGAGAGCACUAAUCCUCUGGAUCCUCCCUCUGAGGUGGUCUCCAAUAGCGAUGUGAACCAUAAAGGAAAUGAUAGAUUUGCUUCCAGCAUUAUAGACCGGUUCAUCACCAGCACAGCACACAGUCUCCCAGAUGCUGCUGCUGUCCAAGCUCACCAGAGUCUAAUUCUGAGUGAGUCAACUUCGGCCAUGUUACAGAAUAUGCCCUCUGCCAUUGACCAAGACUCAGCUAAAGCUGCAGUAGUAGUAGUUGGUGGAUCAACCGUUGAGUUUGGUGGCGGUAGUGAAUCUUUGGAUCAACAGUUUGUAUUCGGUGAUGGUACCAAAUCUAGCGAUCCGUUGAGUUCUCCCAGGGAAACGAAUUUGAUGCAUGUCACGACACAAAGUGAUUGCAGGGAUGCAGGUAAUGUUGAGCACAAAAUGACUGAAGAUUCCUUGAGUAAUGCAAGAUGUACUACUGAAAUUGGUUUCAAGAUAACUAACCAAUCUUCCAAACCAGAAGGGUCUGUAUCAUCAUCAUAUCUUAAGCAACAACGAAUAUUUCAUCCUAGCAUUUUCUUAACUGUUAGUGAAUCUCCACUACUUCAUGUUGAGAGCAGAAUGAAUGGAAACUCUUGGAAUGACACAAGAUGUACCCCUGAAAUUGGUUAUAAAACUAAUCAAUCCUCCAAAUCCCCACUAGAAGGGUCCGUAUCUUUGUUGAGCGCUAAGCGACAAAAAAUGUUUCAUCCUACUUCCAGUGCUGGACAACAACCUAGCUCCCCUUUAAACAAUGGAAGUAUGGAUAGUUCGGCUAUUUUAUCUAUGGAUUGUAGCAGUCAACAUGUAAGCAUUGGAAGGGCUUUGGAAGUAGACAGGAAUUUAGUGAAAACUACUGGGGAUGACAGAAAUACAGAUCCUAACAAGAUACAUGUUUCACUUGCUGAUUCAGGAGAGGAACUGGGAAGUGUUUCUCAAGAAAACAAAGAUGUUGGAGAGACAACUAGAAUGAAAACCGAUGCUGAAGGGUCAUCACCACCAAGGAUCUUCAGAAAUUCGAAAGAGAAUGAAUAUAUUGUGCAUAACGGAGUACUCAAGGACCAGAUAUCUGCAGGUAUUUCCUUCUGUCGCCGCGACAUGCAAAUGGAUUUUGUAACUACUAAGGCCUGUGUGACACCCUUGCGGGUUUUGAGUCCCUUGAAUUCACAGUGGGGAAGCCCAGAGAGUAACUUCUUUUCAAGGACAUACCCAGCCAGGUUGACAGAGAGGGUUUCUGAAAACAUUUCUUCUGAUGGCCCUGCGUUUACAUGUGCUCGUAAAAGGACUGCAACUCCGACCAAUCUUGUAAAGAGAUUAAUGGAAUGGUGGCCUGAAGGUCCUUCUACUCAGGAUACCAAUAUAUCGUCGGAGAUUAUUGGUGGAGAAAAGGUUCCAAGUUCCCUCAGCUUGCUGACAUCCGUUUCUGUACAAGAGGCUGAGAAUUCUGAACAUAAGCAAAGACUUGAAAGGGCCAAUUUUAUGGAUAAAGAGGACAAAGAAAUCGUCAAAAUCCAAAAAAGUCCUAAGGUUGCGCCAGUAUCGGAGAUUAUGAUACUUUUUUCUAAUCGUUGUAUCGAGAAGAUCAGUGAAGUUAAAAUGGAUGGAGAUCUCUUGACUAGAGAUUUAGAUCAUGUGUUUUAUGAGUUUUCUGAAGCUAUGAAACACCAGAUGCUGCCAUUGGCAGAAAAUCUCAAUCCGAGACAGGUUUCCGAUUUGGAAGACAUAUUUGGCCGACUAGAAAAGGCUAAUAAGUACAAAGUCAUAUGCAAUCAGAUACAGUCCCAGGAAAUACAUAAUCACGAUGUUAACCUCCAGCAGAACCGAGUAGUCGAAGCAAGGCAAUUGCAACAGAUGCUUGUGUACAAACAAGCUAAGUUGCAGUUAUUGCGUCUGAGGCAGGAACGACUGCGUAAAAAAUAUCAGUUGCUGCGUUCUGGAAUUCAGGAAACUAAACUUAUAUCAGAAUCUUUUGCAAACCACUGUAAACCUGGUCGUAGAGGUGUUCAGCUUAAAGAUAGUCAUGUGACAUCUGUUUUAGUUGACCAGAACAGCAAAAACACGUUUACUCAGGAAGAACGUCAAAAAGUGGAUGCAAAGAGGCAAGAGCUUGGGUCUUUGGCUAAUAAAGUAAAAGAGUUAAUUCAGUCACUCAUCUUCUCCUAUAAGAUCAAAGGAGAACCAAGUUCCAAUGAUGUUAUUGUAUUAGUUAAUGAACAGUUGAAGACAAAAUCAGCUAACAGAUUUGUGCACCAGUACCUACAGCUAUGGGAAGUGGUUGAUCUCGAGAAAAAGAAUUUGCAGUAUAACCUUAAGCUCAACUACCUUGGUUUCCUUCAUCAAAGGUUCAUCAUAACUGUUGGUCCAGUAGCAAGAAUAAUAGUAACAAACAAAUUGAUUGAAGCUAACAUUAAGAAGAGUUACCCAAUCAUAAAUGCUUGCGUUGCCUUUGCAUAUGUGUUCAAUGCUGAGUGCUCUCGUGAUCUUGGUAGUUCAAAAAACUUGGCACUAGAGACACAUUUAACCAGUCUCCUUUUAGAUAAUCUGCUAGACGUAGUUGAGGAGGCACUCACGGUUAAAAUCGAGCUUAGUAAUUUGAUUAAAACAAGUUUUAAUUCGCCAAGUGCUGACCAACUUGAUUUGCAACUCCAAUUUCUUGAUUGCAAGACUGGACAUAUAGUGACUCUGACUCUGGACAUGACUUGUUUGAAACAAGGUAUCUACCCCAUGGAGAUUCUUCCUUCACAAGUGCAGUCACAAUCACCAGUAUCGCAACUGCGCUCUGCUGAAAUUUUGUCUGCAGUUAGGACUCUAAAACCUGAUCACUCUAGGAUUCUAAGGCUCUGUAGAUGUGUUUCCCAGGUACUAAGAAAUCAUAAAUAAGACUUGACAACUAGCAACCACUCGAACUACAACCAUCAUUAACCUCAGUUUUACAACAUGAAUCAUUCAUAAGACCUCACACCUAGCAACCAUUGGUUGAUCAUACAACCAUCCUUAACCCCAGUUUUACUCUUUGUAUGGUGUAAAUAUGAAUUUUGAUCCAAGUCAGCGCUAAAGCAGGAUCUGCUUAACU